AUGAACACCUUGUUGAGAGAGAACAGGUUGGAAGAUGUAGUGGAUAAAAGCUGCAAAGAUGCAGAUAUGGAAAGUCUGGAAGUAAUUCUUGAGAUUGCAGCAAGGUGCACGGAUGCGAACCCAGAUGAUCGGCCGACAAUGAACCAAGUAUUGCAGUUACUAGAGCAAGAAGUCAUGUCUCCUUGCCCAAGUGAUUUUUACGAGUCCCAUUCAGAUUAUUGUUAA